AUGGAAUGGAGUAUACAAUUAAGGCCAACGACGAAGCUCUGGGACAUACGAGGUCAUUCAGCGCUAAAAAGGAAAUUGAGAGGAAAAGAAGGGUUCUCAAGGAAAACCUCAAAGCAGUUGCACUAUGAAACAACUGUUAGGAGAGGGUGGAAACUGUCUUCAUACUGGGAGUUGGGUCCCAUUGUGUGCGAUCUCUACAUUUCCACGGACGUCGUGUGUUCGACUUCCUCCAUCUUCAACUUGGUCGCUAUUAGUAUAGACAGGUACAUAGCGGUGACGCAACCCAUAAAAUACGCCCACACGAAAAACAACAAGAGAAUAGUAUUAACGAUCAUCAUCAUCUGGUUCGUGUCGGCGAUCAUCGGCCUGCCGCUCAUUUUCGUGAACCAGUGGAAAGGGACCAAUAACGAGGCGAACUCGCCCUCGGAGGAGUGUCGGGGGGGGGAGGGGGGAUUCGACGACUCGGCCAACCACUGCACCUUCGUCAACGCCGACUUCAUCCUCUACUCCUCCCUCUUCUCCUUCUACAUCCCCUGCAUCGUCAUGAUUUACCUCUACAUCAGAAUUUUCAAGGCCUUGAAAGAGCGAGCAAGGAAGAAGAAACCGAAGCAGAGCGAGAUAAAAGCAGGAAGCGUCAUAGAAAACGUAGCCCAAACGAGAAAGUUAGCGGAGACUACUCUAGGUACGGAAGUCCCACCUCCCGCUAACAAGUCAACCGUCCUCAUUGAAGAGGACAAAAAUACAAAUAACACUAGUAAUAGUCAGGAUGAAGAUGAGGAGGAAGGAGACGAGGCAGCGAUAGGAUUGGAAGGAGCGGAGAAUUGCCAUAUCAUUAAAAACCCUAAAACUCAAGAUCUAGUCCUAACCCCUCUUAAAGAGGAAAAGGAGUCCAGUGAGGCGAGCGGUGCCCCAACUUCCGUCCAAUCCAGUAGGAACGGUGCCGCCGAAGGCAUGAGGGUGCUACCUGGAGAGGGUGCUAACAGGUGUAACCAAAACCAACAGCCAUCUUCGCCGAGACAGGCGUUGCUCAUUAAGCAGAAGAAAGUCAAGAUACAGUCCAAACGCAACGGCGCCGCCGGGGGCCGCGGCACGGAAGCUGCGGCGGCGGCAGCAGCGGCCGAAACCGGAGAGCUCCUGGAGAAGAAGGACAAAAAGGCCUCCUCGGCUCGCUUCACCAUCUACAAAGUCAAUAAGGCGAGCAAGAAGAAGCGGGAGAAGUCGUCCGCGAAGAAGGAGAGAAAGGCCACCAAAACGCUCGCCAUUGUCUUGGGAGCCUUCCUGGUGUGCUGGGUGCCGUUCUUCACUUGCAACAUCCUCGAUGCAAUUAGCAAGAAGACGGGCAACACCAGCCUAGAGCCAGGCAUGACAGCCUUCGUUCUAACCACGUGGAUCGGGUACAUGAACUCUUUCCUGAAUCCCGUCAUCUACACCAUUUUCAACCCGGAGUUUCGAAAAGCCUUCAAGAAGAUUCUGGUCUGCCAGAGCUAGCUGUGGUUCGAAUCACCAUAUCAGUGUGUUUUUGUGGACUGCCCGAACUCUGUCAAAAUGACCGAGUUUGCAUUUUGUAUUCAGAAAUGCUUCUACCACCACCACCACCACCACUACUACUACUACUACUACUACUUAGUGUUCGCAAUUUAGAUGGUCGAUUUUUCUUUUUGACAUGAGACAUUUUAUCUUUUUCUUGUUUUUUUUUUAAUAAGAGCGUGCGUGUCAAUGUUCGGCGGUGUCUUUCUUCGUGCGUGUAUAAUAAAUUCGUGUUGGAGUGUAACAGAAUCGGGUCCUGGUACCUGGUUCGUUUAUUUGUAAGAGGUGAUGAUGAGGAUGAUGAUGAAGAUGAUGGUGAUGAUAUCUAUUCCUUGUGUUGGAAGUUUUUCUAAACAUUUCAUGUCCAGAAAUAAUGUGUCGUGUAAAAAAAAUAAAUAAAAACAAAAAAAAACUUUGUAAGUACUUGUGUACCUAUGGCAUUAACUGUCCCAGUGACCUACUUGGUGUUGAAGUGAUAGAAGUGACGUUUUUACAAAAGCCAAAGGAACCAAACGAUGAAUUUAUCCAACGGGAAUAUGCUAUUUCUCUUAUACUGUCAAAGAGGAGAAUGAAAACUAAAUAACGUAGCUAAGGCAACUAGUUAAAUCUCUCAACCUAUAACUCCGUGCAUGGCCACAAAUGUGACGUGAGGAAAUGCACAAUGUCAUGCAAACAAUGAGUUUCCAGAAAUUACAUUUUCGUUACUGCGGGUGUAUACACACUACAGGCAACUUUAGUGAAGAGUGAAAUUCUUGAGUACUUUAACCGACUUUUCACAAGUACUGAAUGGUUUUUGAACUUCGUCUGAAAAAAAUAACUUAGUGAUGUUAUUUGAAUGGCUGAAGAGGUUCUUAAAAUCAAGCAAGACUGCGAAUUCAUGAGUAUUCGGUAAUUGAUUCAUUUCCAUGCAAUUUUGAACUGUAAUUAUUAUUUCUAAUAAAAUGGAGACUGACGUAGAUUAUGCAACGAAAUGCUGAUUACGGCCAACAAAAGCCGCCAUUCCUUCCUAACACAUUCAGCCGAGAUCGCUUUGAUAUCACCAACUGCCGAGAGGAAUGUAAUGAUUUAAUUGAAAGUUUCCGCCUGGAAAAAUUGAGAUUCGGUGCUAUAAAUACCAAUAAACAAAAUGAAUUCCAGCAAUCAUUCCAUCAUUUCAUAUUAUAACUGCCGAGUGUGAUUUUCACGAAUGGAUUUCUGGUCAUAUUAUUUCAGAGUCCAACUUUAGUUAGGAUUAAUUGAAUCCAAUUGUUUGUUUCGGGCGGUGUUCGAAUUAGGGAAAAAGAAAAAAAAAACCUUGGCGAAGGAUGAAAAGUGAUGAAUGGAGGUCACUAAUUGGUGAUUUCAUCAUUUAAAAAGAAUUCGCAGCGUCCAAGGCGAAGGUUGAAUAAUAAUGAAAAUGAUUUAUUGAAAGACGGUAUUUCGGGAGAAGUCACCUUCGGAAGAAGAUUCUUUCGCUCGUAAAUGACCGCUGACGUCAGCGUUCGAAUGCCUAAUUACGUUAUAAAAGUAGGAGAUGGGGUUAUCGAUGCUUAUUUCAUCUCUAAUUGUAUCCUCCUCAUUACCUGAGGUGGAAUAUGGCGACCGAUGACUGAUUGUCACACUUUUCACUGAUUAUUUGUAUCUUUCAUUACUUUUCAUUUGUCAAUUUUAUCUCCUUAACAAAAUUAUUUGUGUUAAUUAGAAAUAAACAAAUGCAUAUACGCACGCCCAUCAAUUUACACACACACACACACAAUUCUCCGUCUACCUGUUGACCUUAUAUAUUACUUCCUAUUCGUUUAUCUGUUCUCUUUAUUAUUUUCAUUUUCUAUCUCCCCAACCAUUAACGCCACUUGCUCUUCAUUUCAUCUAUGUCCACCAUUCUUUUUUCCUACCUUCUUAAUAACUAUUGUUGUCAUCGAAAACUGCAAUUGGUAAUGCCAUUAACAAAGUCAAGAUUCUUCUCUUUUUAAUCUGAUUCUUUCGCUUUCUUCGUUUCUCAUAUUCAUCUGCUUAUUAGUUUGUUUAUUUUGUUAACUAUCCACAUUCUUCUUCUCCCCUUUCCAACUUUUUCUGAUGUUUACCUCAUUUUUGCAUCGCUUCCUUAAUGCGUCAAUUACUUCUUUCUAUUUGUGUGUGCUUCGCUAAGCACUGUCCAUUAGCCUCUAAUUCCUGUUGUUCCUUCUUUUCAUAUAUUUUUUAUGAUCUUAUUUUCUAAUUCCUGCUUUAUUAAUUUGUCCCUUAAUAUAUAUUGUUACAUAUAGAAUACAAGAAUUAAAUUAUGUCUUUUUUUACUUGUCAACUUUACCAUGCUAUUUACUUUCUUUUGUAUGACUCUCUCUCUCUCUCUCUCUCUCUCUCUCUCUCUGAAUGAAAGGAAAAACAUGUUAUAAAUUGAACGACGGAGAACGAUAAAUGACAUUAAUUUAUCCACCUUUCCACCUCCAUCCGGUAAAACAAAGAUUAGAUGCAAAGGGAAAAACUCUUAAGUGAAAUGAAUUACCCAUUCUCUCUCUCUCUCUCUCUCUCUCUCUCUCUCUCUCUCUCUCUCUCUCUCUCUCUCUCUCUCUCUCUCUCUCUCUCUCAUCAUCCUGUAUCCUCAUACUGUGCUUUGAUUUUGAUAUGUUUCGUUGAACUUCUGGGGAAAAUAAUAAUCUUUUACCAAAGAAAUAUUAAAAACAUUACCAACGUUAAGGAAAUGUAUUGGAAAAUUGUAUAUAUAUAUAUAUAUAUAUAUAUAUAUAUAUAUAUAUAUAUAUAUAUAUAUAUAAUAUAAAUAAUAUAAGUCUAUUAUGAAGCAAUACAGAAAUGCUUAUACUUUAAUAAAAUAAAAUAAAUAAAAAGUUUAAGUUAGCGUACCUGGGAAUACUGGAAUCGAGUAUUCCAGUUAUGCCGAAGUGGAUAGCAAAGAAUUGUACUAAACAUUUCCUAAUGUUAAACUAAAUUCAUCUGAAUCACUACUGUAAUUAUUUACAAUAAUUAUACAUGGAGACUUUCGGCAGCUGGGAUAUCAAAGCAGUUUCUAGCUUAUCAAGAUUUUUCACCGUGUUUCUGACUCAGAAGAAUUACAUCAAUGUGUAACUCAUAUCAAGAAAUGUGAGAAUGCUGACUUAACGUAAGAUAUUUCUAAUAUGAAAAAUAUGAAUUACAGCAACUAUGACUGUGCAAAAUAAUUCCACAUAUGUCACCAAUUCUUCAGUUAUUAAACUUGAAAACAAAACUGGAGAAAAACUGAAAAAUGAAAAGAAACCAAGAAGACUCGCAUAGAGUAGAAUAGUAUGCAGAACUGAGUGUUUUAAUAUUUUAUUUUAGUAUGUGACGAAAAUCUUAUAUUGAAAAAAACGACGCGAUGGUAGGACGCUCGCUACCCGAACUCCAGCUACAAGUUUCUUUUUGAUAUAGAUAUCAUUACCCGAGUGAUGUUUUCAUAGAGUAAAAAAUAAAUAAAUAAAUAAAUAAAUAAACAAACAAAAUGCAGAUGAAAUAUUUAUUUUCUAGAAAGACGCAAUGGUUAAUACCGCAACUUGUAUAAAAAAAAGAUUAUAUAAAUAAUAUAUAAAUAUAUCUAUACAAAUUACUUAUAAAUAUAAUGAGUGUGCGUGUGUUUGUUCAUUCUGUUUCCCUGUUGGUCUUAGCUGUUAAGCCUUUGCCGAAUUUUUGCGAAGUAUUUUUCUUGUCACGUUCCUUUAUAUAUAUAAUAUUCUGGAUAUCCAUCGUGAGAGGUCACACACACACACACACACACCCGGGAAGGAGCUACCUCGGCGAGGUGAUUGUUCCUUUCCAAACCAGUAGCUUUAUUUGCAAAAAAAAAAAAAUAAAAAAAAUAAAAAGCCACAGCAACAUGAGUGAUUGCGCGUGCAUGGUGUGUGUGUCUGUGUGUAAGAGUGCGUUUGCGUGUGUACAUAUAUGCUUGUGCGUGCAAGGAAGAGAGAACGAGCGUGCGAAAGAGAGAGACAGAAUGCUUCACAAAGGCAUAGCUUUGGCUGUAGUUGGCGCCACAAAGUCCAUACACACAAUAAUUUUUAAGUCUACUGUAUCAUCCUUACAACGGUGCUUGCAAAAUAUUUCCUAGAAUUUCUAGUUUUGAAUAAAUAAUAACAAGCUUUGUUUGCUUGGGGAAAUUAGAUUUUAUAUUUAAUACAAGAAUAUGUAUAGUUCCAAUUUGUAUCAUAACAUUUAAGUAUUGUUAAUAAGCACAAUAUCUUAAAGAUCGAGCCUGGGUGCUUCCCUCGACUAGCCCACCACGUAUCUAGUUAGGGUUAAGAUUAAGGUUCAAUAACUACUAUCAUUAGCAUCUACCGCUGUUUUUGGUGUCAUUCCACUUUCAUUUGUUUUAUUGUGUUUUUUUUUUUCUAUGAUUUUUCGGUAGUGUCAGGUGUCAUCUCGCUGCUACCUACUCGAGGGAGAUACUCGGUGCGAAUUCUGGGCCCUAGAUAUUGUAAAUAGUAAUUAUAUUAAAUAUAUAUGUGUACAAAUGUAACAUGACUGUAAAUACGUAGAUUACAAGAGAGAGAAAAAAAAGAGCAAAACAUGUCUAGGUGUGGUGAUAAUAGAUUUAGGAUGAAAUAUAGAUGUCAGUUUACUUUUCUGAGUCUAGAAAACCACCAAUCAUUGUGUUGCAUGUAUCCUUCAACCUUAUCAAUAAAAUGGAUGCCUA